GGAGAACCCUGCGUACGCCUAUACCAGUGACUGACAGAUUCCCCUGCGCAUUCUCAGGUUCUGGCCUGCCUGCGCAGCCGCCCGGCCGAAGACCUGCUGUGGGCGCAAGAGCGCGUCGCGUCCAGCUCGCUCAGGUCGUUCGUGGCGACGUACGGGAACUCGUUUUUUCCCAAGUCUCCGUGGAAGGCCAAGUACUUGCUGGUGCCGCUACUCAUCGGCACCUCCAGCAACGAGGGUAGUCCUUUCAUCGCUCGCCGAUGCUCUGAUCAGCCGCCCAGGAUGGGAAACCGGAGCGAGGCGCUGAAGCUGGUGAGCGGUCUCCUGGAAACUUACAAUAUCCCGCUGCCUCCCGGCCGGCCUCCCAUGGAGCCGUACCUGGAGACGCCCACCGAUCCCGGAGGCCAACAGCAGGAGGACCUGAGACGCUUGGUCGCCGACGUUUUCGGUGACGCCGCUCUGCACUGUCCUUGCAGACUUUUCGCUGAGCGGCAUGCCAAGGCCAACCAUCCGGUGUUCGUGUACAAAUUCUGCUACGCAACGUCGUCCCUGUACGUUCCCGAGUGGAUGGGUGUUCCUCACAGCUCCACGUUCUGGUACAUGAGCGGGGUGCCACUGCGCAUGCCCGAGCGCUUCCACGAGGUCGACAGGGCUCUCAGCCGAGAGAUGGUGCGUGUCGUCGCGCAUUUUGCCGCGAAAAGGCAAGUGCUGCUUCUUGGUUGCCAUCACUCAAGGCGCCUAUAGUAAUAUUAUUUCUCA